AACAAACAAACAAAACCUCAUUUUCCGGUUCAAUCCAUCUCAACCAAAUCCAUUCCCAGUACUUUAUUUCCAUCUUUCAGGCUACACGCUGCUUUGACACUCUUCCUCUCUCUAUCAAUCCAGAGACAGACAGAUUGUCGAAGCUCGUUAUCCCCACCGUUUAUUGCGUACACUCAAGCACUCACAAAAAGUCAACUCUCCCACCCAUUAUUUUUCCUACUAAAAAUUACCCUUUGAUCCGGAAGCCAUUGAAGACCCGGAAUGGAAAAAACAUUAGUUAAAAGGGAGAACUCCAGGCAUUGAAUUUGAAAGCCCUUCCAGUGUCAUGAUCACAUGCUCCCGGACCUACCAUAAACAACCUCAUGAUGAAUUCCGCCAACGGCAUGAUGUCAGCAUCGUCUUCAUCGGCCACCGCACAAUCACCGGCCCUCAAGACCUAUUUCAAAACUCCAGAUGGCCGAUACAAGCUCCACUACGAGAAGACCCACCCCUCCGGUCUCCUUCAUUACGCCCAUGGAAAAACCGUCACUCAGGCAACUCUAGCACAUCUGAAGGACAAGCCGACCCCAUCUACCCCAGCAGCCGCGCCUUCAAGCUUCAGUGCUAGCAGUGGGGUGCGAUCGGCUGCAGCAAGGUUGUUGGGCGGAAGCAAUGGGAGCCGCAGCUUUGUCGGAGGGAAUGGUGGCAGUAAGAGUGUUAGUGGGAAUGGUAGGGUUGGGUCAUUGGGGUCUUCAAGUUCUAGUAACUCAAUGGCUACUACAAACUUCGAUGGGAAAGGGGCUUACUUGGUCUUCAACGUGGGGGAUGCCAUCUUUAUAAGUGAUCUGAAUUCUCAAGAUAAGGAUCCGAUAAAGUCAAUCCAUUUCAGUAAUUCGAAUCCUGUGAGUCACGCAUUUGAUCAGGAUGCUAAGGAUGGACAUGACUUGCUUAUCGGCUUACAUUCUGGGGAUGUGUACUCUGUGUCACUGAGACAGCAAUUACAGGAUGUAGGAAAGAAGCUUGUUGGGGCUCAGCAUUAUAACAAAGAUGGUUCUGUUAAUAACAGUCGUUGCACUAGUGUUGCAUGGGUACCUGGAGGCGAUGGUGCUUUUGUUGUAGCUCAUACUGAUGGAAAUUUGUAUGUGUAUGAAAAGAGCAAAGAUGGUGCAGGAGAUACUUCAUUCCCUGUUGUUAGAGAUCAGAUGCAAUUUUCUGUUGCACAUGCACGUUACAGUAAGAGUAACCCAGUUGCCAGAUGGCAUAUAUGCCAAGGUUCAAUUAAUAGCAUUGCUUUCUCAACUGAUGGUACCUAUCUAGCAACUGUGGGAAGAGAUGGUUAUCUACGAGUUUUUGACUAUUCAAAAGAGCUCAUCAUAUGUGGUGGCAAAAGUUAUUAUGGCGGUCUAUUAUGUUGUGCUUGGAGUAUGGAUGGAAAAUAUAUUCUUACGGGAGGAGAAGACGAUUUGGUUCAAGUUUGGAGCAUGGAAGAUCGGAAAGUGGUAGCAUGGGGUGAGGGGCAUAGUUCAUGGGUCAGUGGGGUGGCUUUUGAUUCAUAUUGGUCAUCACCAAAUUCGGAAGGCACUGGGGAAACUAUCAUGUACCGGUUUGGUUCUGUUGGUCAGGACACGCAAUUGCUUCUGUGGGAUCUUGAAAUGGACGAGAUUGUCGUGCCAUUGCGGCGGUGCCCUCCUGGUGGAUCACCCUCAUACAGUGCAGGAAACCAGUCGUCCCAUUGGGACAAUGUUUGUCCAGUGGGCACCCUGCAGCCUGCUCCAAGCAUGCGAGAUAUUCCAAAGAUCACCCCGCUUGUUGCUCAUCGUGUGCACAACGAACCCCUUUCUGGCUUGAUAUAUACCCAGGAGUCUGUGCUUACGGUAUGUCGAGAUGGGCACAUAAAGAGUUGGAUGAGACCGGGGAUGGCAGAAAGCCAGUCAAACAACACUGAAACCAUCUCAAGUAGCAGCUUGAAGGAGAAACCUUUAUUCUCGAGCAAGAUUGUCAGUUCUAGUUACAAACUAUGAUACAAACUAUCAUCAGAAAGAAAAAAUCGAGCCUUUUUUUUAUAUUCCCCCCCCUUUUUUUUUUUGUUUAUAUGGCAGACGUCUCUUCUUCCAGUUGGCUCCAAUAUAUGUAAAC